CCAAAAUUAUACAGAAGCUCUCCCUUUCUGCAAUCAAAUAUUACGAAUUUCCCUUUGUCUUCAAUGGGAGUAUCAGAUCAUUACGUUUCAUCUCUUGGUUGUGAAGUGAGAAUCUUGGAAGCUAAAAACAUAGAGCUGAAGUCCCAUGGCAACAUUUUUAUCAGAUACUAUCUUCCUGCAGGAAACAACAAGAGGAUUCAACUAAACACCAGGCAAAUCUGCACUAAGUCAUCCCAAAUGAUCAUCUGGAACGAGUCAUUCUCUUUGGAAUGCUCGGCAUCUGAAGAAUCACUCAAGUACCUGAAGCAACAGACCGUAGUUUUCGAGCUCCGGAGGAAGAAGAAACUGGGGAAAUCUGUGGUUUUGAGCAGAGCUGAAAUGCCAUUGAAAGCCGUUUUUGAAUCACCAAACAUGGAGAUUGAUGAAUAUUGGCUUGCCAUGGCUUCGAUGAAUGAUGGGGUUCUUGAAACUGGCCUCAAGCCUCCUUCAAUACGUUUAUCAAUGAAAAUGGAGAUGCGGAAGGAGAGAAAACAAAGGUUGAAGAACCAUUGGGAAGGGUGUGGGUGCCAAGGCAUUGACGGAGGCUGCAACUGUGCUGCAGAUUACGAAAUAUUUGCACUUGCUGCUGCCAUGGAAGGACUAUUUUAAAAUGGUGGCCAGAGCA